AUGCGCGCCUGGCAAUACGCAGCCAUCACCUCAGGACUCGAGAAGUCCCUGAAACUCAACACCACCGCUGCAGUUCCCAAGCCCAAACCACAACAACACCUAAUCAAAGUCGACUACGUCGCGCUCAACCCAGUAGACUACAAGCCAGCUGAAACAAGCUUGAUGCGACGCUUCGUUAUCCCUAACCCUGCAACUCCUGGUAUCGACUUCGCCGGCACAAUUGCACAACCUGCUCAGGGCAGCGAUCUGAAAGUCGGCGAUAAAGUCUUUGGCUGUGGACCUUCUCCUUUUGCAGGUGGUAUGUUAGCGGAAUAUGCGGUGGCAGGCACAGAUUCCACUGUGCGCAUUCCUGAAGGCGUUAAUUCACUUGAUGCCAGCACGAUUGGCGUGGCUGGCUUGACUGCAUAUCAAAGUCUUGUGGCUCAUAACCCAAAACGGGUGUUGAUCAACGGCGGUAGUGGAGGAACAGGUGUAUUCGGUAUUCAGAUAGCGAAGGCAAUGGGCUACUAUGUUGUAUGCACCUGCAGUGGGAGGAAUGUGGAGUUGUGCAAAGGACUGGGAGCGGACGAAGUAAUCGACUAUACCGCAGGAAGUGUGACGGAAGCGUUGAAGGGGAAGAACUUCGAUCAUGUGGUGGACAAUGUCAUGGCAGACCUCCAGCUGUUCAGAAGAGCGUAUGAGUACACCUCAAAUGGCGCCAAGUACAUCGUCGUAGCUGGAAUGCCUACCUUGAAAUUUGUGGGACAGAAUCUGGAGAUGAAAUUUUGGCCUGCAUUGCUGGGUGGUGGCAAGCGAAGGUCUGAAGGCAUGUUUGCUCAGGCGAACGUGGCGGAAUUGGAGAGGAUAGCGAAGUGGAUGUCGGAAGGUAAGGUAAAGGCGGUGAUAGACCAGCAAUUCGGAUUUGAAGAUGUCCCCAAAGCGUUUGAGAAACUGAAGACGGGGCGUGCUAGAGGCAAAAUCGUCGUGGAAGUGUGUGCGAAAGCAUAG